AUGUCUGGACUGGGAGGUGACUUCGGUCGCCAAUUCGAGCGCGAGACAUGGACGCUUUACAGUGUCGGCGUCUUGGGCGCUAUUCUUCGAUUUGUUGCCCGUGUUCGACGUCUGGGUAUUCGCAAUCUCCAAGUUGAUGAUUACCUUAUGAUGUUCGCCCUGGUCUGGUAUACAAUUCUGUGUGUUGCGCUCAACUCGGUAGCAACGGGUGGAGGAUCAAAUUUGAUGUCGGACGAGGAUAUAAAAAACUUGACGCCCACCACGCAUGCCGAGCGAGAGCGGGGCAGUAAAUGGGUGUUCGUCUCUGAGCAUGCCUUUAUCCUAUGUAUUUGGAGUUUGAAGGCCUGCAUGCUCGUCAUCUACUCCCGUAUCACUGAGGGUCUGAAGCAGCGAAAGUGGAUUAACUACAUCGCCGCCUAUGUUGCCCUUGGUUUUGUCGCUACCGAGUUGUCGCUUUUCCUCAUCUGCCGCCCAAUUACCAACUAUUGGGCUGUGCCUACACCAGACUAUCAAUGCUCGUCCUAUCAGUACUAUGAGAUCAUCCAAGGAUGUUUCUCCAUCUCCGCCGAUGUGUUCAUGUUGAUCGUCGCCAUUCCAAUGCUGGUGCAAGUCCGCGUGCCCACGAAGCAGAAGUUGAUCCUGUUGCUUCUGUUCGGUAUGGGCAUCUUCGUUAUCGUGGCGGCCGUCCUCAACAAGGUCUACUGUCUCGUUCCCGCCCUCAUUUCCUAUGUCUACAUGAACUGGUACUUCCGUGAAGCCACCGUUGCGAUUCUUGUCACCAACCUUCCGCUCGUUUGGUCCCUCCUCCGUGAUGUCUUCCCCGCUCUCAAGAGUUGGACUGGAGGAUCCAAGCGAGGCACCGACCGCUACAAGUCUGGCCCCUGGACCAGCAAGAAUUCUCGACCCUACGGACCACACAGUCAAUUACGCUCCGGCGACUUCGACAUGAACGACAUCCGACACAAUGCGACCGUGACCCCGCAGAAGGGUUCUGCUGCGGUUUCCGACGUGAGCCUCGGCGCUAGUGAGGAUCGAGAUAUGAGCAGCGAUGAUGGAUCCGCUCGCGCUCUGCGGAUCCGACAAGAUAUCACCGUCACCGUGCAGCAUGACUCCCGGCCAGCAGACUACCAGACCAGCACAGCGCAUGCCACUCGGGCUCCCCGAGAGCGUGAGGAGGUUUAG